AUGUCGCCGAGUCUAGUCGCUCCAGAGCCAGAGCAUUGCCCUGGCCCUGAAUCGGAGCAGGCAGGUCAAGGUGAUGCUUGCGCCGGCUGCCCCAAUCAAUCGAUCUGUGCCUCCGCUCCGAAAGGCCCCGAUCCCGAUAUCCCCAUUAUUCAAGAGAGGCUCUCCUUGGUUCGACACAAGAUCCUUGUACUAUCUGGGAAAGGCGGGGUCGGUAAAUCGACCUUUUCCUCCCUCCUCGCCCACGCGUUCUCCGCGAAUCCAGACUCUAUGGUGGGCUUGAUGGACACAGAUAUUACUGGGCCUUCGAUUCCGAAGCUCAUGGGUGUCGAGUCGGAAACGAUCCACGUGAGCAACGCAGGCUGGAGUCCGGUGUGGGUGACAGACAACCUAGGCGCAAUGAGUGUGCAGUUCAUGCUUCCUAAUCGGGACGAUGCAGUGAUCUGGAGAGGUCCAAAGAAGAAUGGACUUAUCAAACAAUUUCUAAAGGAUGUGGACUGGGGUGAGCUGGACUAUCUCAUUAUCGAUACGCCACCGGGAACCUCUGACGAGCAUCUGUCCGUUAACUCCCUACUGAAGGACUCCGGGGUGGAUGGUGCAGUCGUUGUGACUACGCCUCAGGAGGUUUCUCUAUUGGAUGUGAGAAAGGAGAUCGAUUUCUGCCGCAAAGCAGGUAUUCGAGUCCUAGGGUUAGUUGAGAACAUGAGCGGGUUUGUCUGCAAAAAUUGCAACACUGAAAGCCAAAUUUUCCGGGCCACAACGGGCGGCGGUAAGCGACUCGCGAAAAAGAUGGGCAUCCCGUUCCUAGGGGCAGUCCCUCUCGACCCUAGAAUCGGAAUGGCCUGUGACUACGGUGAAAGCUUUGUGGAUGGUUUCCCGGAUAGCCCGGCGGCGAAGGCGAUCAAGCAGGUCGUGCGCGCAGUCGGCGAGUUGGUUGGAGAAGAUCCUGAUUCUGUGCUACCGGAUGAUACAGUAGAGUGAUGUCUGCAUUUCUUCUUUCGAUCCAUCUGUUUCAAGCGUGGUUGCAUUGGGAGUUUUUGUUAAAUCUGCAAGGGUUUUUGGCGUUUCUCUGGCAUACAAACGAUUUGAUACCACUACAGAUCAUUUGAAGAUACCUAAAACACACAAUGAGAAUUCAGUGCAUUUUGCUUAGUGAGCAUCAGCUUCCAGACCGAUACCAUCAGUGGCGAAGACAGGCGCUCGUAUCAGUAUGUAGUACAUUGAAAGGAGCCAAGCCUUAGAAAUGUGUACAAGUCAGUCCCGUCUGUAACCCCACCCCGAGAUACUCCACGGAGGAUUUCACUGGUAGGCAGUUACCUGCCCCAUGAGGAGAGAAUCGGCACUGCCAAGCACAACUAUACUGGCAAAAUUGUUAUGUGUAAAUUGGGCAUCCUGUUGAUCAACGUUAUCCAAGCCGUUCCACUUCUUGGCCCUGGUCAAAAUGGUUUUUGUCACAUCCUAGGCUUUCUUGUGAAUAGGUUAUGGGACUCGACUCGUCUUACUAUUCCAAAUUCCUCCGACUGCUGAUUGGACCGGCCACUGAACUGUAUUGUCAGCUAUUCAUGACUGCAGAAUUUUAUCCACAAUGUUGACGCAACCC